AUGAGAAUACCGGGCGAAGACGGGUACCGAACCCCGACUAUAGAAGAUGCCGAACAAAUGAGCUCUAUACUUGGGAGUAUAGAAAUUCAAAGAAGCCAAAGCACUGCUCGUGAUGCACAUGCUAGUGCACUGGAAGCAACGGUGGCAAAGACCUCAUCGCGCACUACGGGGAAUUCGUUUAAGCAGGAGGUUGCCCACUGUGCAGAGCCCGAUAGUGAACAUGCGCGCUUUGAUCGAGUCCGCGAUGAAUAUUCUGCACCGAAACUCCUCUGGAAGGAACGUAUUCGGCAUGUAACUUGGGCUUAUUUUACGCUGACUAUGGCUACGGGUGGCUUGGCAAAUGUUCUUUACGAAGUUCCGUACCGUUUUCACGGCAUAGACACGAUUGGGACUGUCGUCUUUCUGAUAAAUAUUGUCCUUUAUCUUUUUGUCUGGGGCCUUUUACUCGCACGAUUUUUUUAUUACCCUUACACUUUCAAAGCGUCUUUUCUCCAUCCUACAGAAUCCCUAUUUGUUCCCGCCUCAGUGGUGUCUUUUGGUACAAUCUUGAUCAACAUCUCUCAGUAUGGCCCAGAGAAAGCAGGCCCAUGGCUACUGGAAGCCGUUGGUAUUUUGUUCUGGAUCGACUGCAUCCUCGCUGUAGUAUUUUCAGCAGGUAUCUAUCUGACCAUCUGGUCGACACAAACAUUUACAAUCGCCCAAAUGACGCCUAUCUGGAUUUUCCCUGCUUAUCCCAUGCUCAUCAUCGGUCCUCAUGCGGGAAUUCUAUGCCAAAAGCUAGAACAGGGUCGCUCAUUACGUAUCAUUGUGGGCGGCGUUACUAUCCAGGGAGUUGGAUUCCUAGUGUCCUUGAUGGUAUAUUCAGCCUUUAUCUACCGACUCAUGACUCAAAAGUUACCGAAAGAAAACAUGCGACCUGGUAUGUUUGUUUCCGUCGGACCGAGUGGAUUCACAGUCGCCGGUCUUGUGAAUAUGGCAGCAGGAGCAAAGCGCUCGUUCCCAUCUGAUUUUAUGGGAAAUGGGGCAUUAGCUGCGGAUAUAGUGAGAGUAACGACUGAUUUUGCAUGUUUAUGGCUGUGGGGAUUGGCGAUUUUCUUCUUCAUCAUUGCGAGUGCAGCUCACUGGUCUGCUAUUGGACCGGGGAAGAUGGUAUUCUCGAUGACAUGGUAUUCCUUUGUCUUUCCGAAUACUGCAUUGGUCACUGCGACUUUCGCGAUUGGCAAAGCAUUCUCUUGCGAUGCGAUUAAUAUCAUUGGCUGUGUUGCGAUCUUACCGCUGCUUCUGAUGUACUUCUUUGUCUUUUACAUGAUGGUGAGGGCUGUCCUUCUCCAUCAGAUCUUGUGGCCGCAGAAGGGUGAGGAUCGAGACGAGGGUGGCUUUGAGAUUAUACGGAUCAAUCCUGCUGUGUAG